UAUACGUGCAAAAAUCGCCUUAAAAAAACCUCAAAACUACCAAAUAUAUCAACUUUCAUAUAUAUAUGGCUGAUCACAAAAUUACCGAAGUUGAUAAAAUGGAUCAUGAAGAAAUUAUAUUGCCAGGUUUCAGAUUUCAUCCAACUGAUGAAGAACUUGUUGGAUUUUACUUGAAGAAAAAGAUUGAACACCGGGUUCUUCCUAUCGAACUUAUUAAACAAGUCGAUAUUUAUAAAUACGACCCGUGGGAUCUUCCAAAUUUGGCUCCAUCGGGUGAAAAAGAAUGGUAUUUCUAUUGUCCAAGGGAUCGAAAAUAUAAAAACAGUGCACGACCGAAUCGUGUCACAGGAGCUGGAUUUUGGAAAGCUACAGGCACUGAUCGACCCAUAUAUUCUUCUUCUUCUUCUAAUGAUGCCAAAUGUAUUGGUUUGAAGAAGUCUUUGGUGUUCUAUCGCGGUCGGGCUGCAAAAGGGAUCAAAACUGAUUGGAUGAUGCACGAGUUUCGGCUUCCUCCUUCACUCUUUGAUCAACCCGAAUCAAACAAAAGGAUUCAAGAUAAAGCCCUUCCUCCAAAUGAUGCUUGGGCGAUAUGCAGGAUAUUCAAGAAGACGAAUACAAUAGCGCAACGAGCAAUUUCUCAUUCAUGGGCCUCUUCACAAAUUCGGACCAAUUUGAUGAGUACUACUGAUCAUCAUCUUUCCUACACAAUAAAACCAACCUCCAUCAAUAGUACUUUUUCGGCCUUUGAUGAUCACAUGACCUUAUCAUACCGACCGGUGAUCAAUCACAUCCUUUGUAAACCGUCUCCUUUCACACUUCCAUAUAUUGAUACUACGAAUAGGUUCAUGUUUCCAUCGACCGAUAACCUAGAGCUACGAGUCUUUGAGAAUGCAAACAAGAAUUGUAGUGAAGGGCUAGGCUUUGAAGGUGAACACCAACCAUUAGACCACACGUUUGCGAUGAACCAUUAUCGUGAAAAUGAGCUGGGAAAUGUACGUACAACCGAAUUUCCAUCGAGUUUGCCUACGGCCGCGGUUGGUGUUGCCGAUGAAUGGAAGCUUAAUAUGGCAUGGGACUCACCUCCAUGUCCUAGUGAUCAAUCCACAACUUACUCUACUAAUAAGUGUCACACUUGACAAAAAAAAUAAAAUACAGAACAUUUGAUUGUCCUAAUUCAUCAUACACAAUA